AAUGUAUCUUUGUGGAAUCUAACCAAUCACAAUGGAGGAAGAACGUGUUACUCUGGGGAAUAGAUACCACUUUUGGGAGAGUGAGGUGGAGCUGGUAAGGAAGAAGAUGACGGCACCGAAUGGGAAGAAGUUUCGCUACUUUGAUGAUAGAGGAAUCUUCAACUUUGUCUUUCUGCUGUGGAUGUACAGGUGGGCCAAGGAAACAUCAAAGAGGUACCUGGACCCUUACAUGCUCCACCCUCUUCCCUUGGCAGACCAGAUUCUCCGCUGGCACCCUAUUCUUUCUAAGCAUACCAGUGAUGGGAUAGCCAGUAUUGAGACUUUUGAGUCUCUAAGUGAAGAGGAAAAGAAGAGAGCCAAGAAGCCUGUGAGAUACAUUCUGUUCAGGACUGUAAUGUUGACCUUUUGGAAGAGAUUGCUUUCUAUACUAGUUGCUGUGGUAGUGGUUAAUGCCAUUGGAAUGAGUGUCGCAGUUUUCCUGCACAAGUUGCUGGGCUUACUCUCCGGAAAGGACUUCAGGUUAAUGGCAGUUCUUGGGCUUGCCCUUUCCAUUAUCAUCCUUUAAAAGUAUUGUAAGGAAAAUAGAGUCUCCUUUCAUGAAAGAUUCUAAGGAUAUACACUUUUAAUUGAGGCUGUUCCUGGGUUUAUUGAUUUCUUGACGUCACUGACUUAUGGCAUUAUUUUAAUGAGCAGCCAAUUUAAUGUAAAGUCUCUGACUAUUCUCUUAGUUUCUCUUUCCUUAGUAGUAUCUAUGAUCGUACUAGAACUUGUAAAUGGUCUACUCAUGAAGUACUACUUGGGAAUUAGGGAUAACAGAAUUUCUAAGUCUAGUGAAGUUAUUACUGGAUUGCAUUUGAUUAAAGCCAUGACACUGGACGAUAUUGCCCAUGAUGUCAUCACUGAGACUAGAAAUGACGAAUUGGUGUUUGUUGGAAUUCGCUUCCUCUUGUCCCUAGUAAACAAGGUCAUAAUGACAUCGAUAAUGUGCGUCAACAUCAUCAUUCUGGUUACUGACUUUGUCGGACAAGUUAAGGAUGCCACCAAUGUUGAGAGUAUUGAUCCUUCGGGACUGCUUGCAUCCAUCUUUGUCAUUAUGAAAAUUAUAGGUCCACUUUACAUGGUACCAAUGCAUCUAAAACUCAUGCUAUUCGGAAUCAAUGUAUUCAAAAGAGUGGAACGUUUCUUGAGGACAUGUUCACCAAACUUUUACAUUCCUGAUAACAAGUUUACUGGGAAGACUACUCUGCUAAAAGCACUACCUGGUGAAGAGAAGACUUUACCAAAGGGUCUAGUUGUAAUGUUCAAGAAGGCCUCCUUUGCAUGGGUCAAUAGCAGGAAAGAUCUUAUUGAGAAUACUGGCACUACUUGUCUGAGGAACCUUGACUUUGUCCUCAACUCUGGUAACCUUGCCAUCAUUACUGGUGCUCAAGGUUCUGGAAAGAGUAACUUUGUCAAGGCAAUUCUUGGUGACAUGACUCUUGUUGAAGGAUCAAUGGCUGUCUUACCUCUAUCUACCAACAUGCCAAUAUUUUAUGCCUCUCAGGAUGUCUGGCUACAAAAGGGUACCGUCAGGUCUAACAUUACCUUUGGUCACAUGUUUGAUGAGGAUGUCUACAAGACAGUCAUCAAGGCUGUUGAACUUGAGCAUGAUAUAUCCACUUGGGAAGAGGGUGAUAUGCGUACUAUUUCUGAACACGGCUACUCCCUCAGCGGAGGUCAGAGAGUCAGAGUAGGACUUGCUCGUGCCGUCUAUGCCUACCUCAUAUUUAGCCAGACUAAUAGGGAGAGUGGUUCUGGACAUUCCUUUUUGGUUGUAAUAGAUGAUUCAUUUACUGGUCUGGAUCCAUUCGUGGCAAGGACAAUCUUCAAGAAUCUCUUUAGUCUUAAUGGUGGACUAUUGGCAAAGGGUGAUGUAUCUGCGGUACUCACCAUCUCUAGGCGUAUUUUGGAAGUUUGUGUAUCAUCCGAGUCUCCGGAUCUAUACCCAGAUGCUCCGAUAUACGUAUUGAGGAACGAGACUCUUAUCCAAGAAAACAAACUCAAGUCUUUGAUAGAGCACGAAGUUGGUCAUCUUGAGCCUCCGAAGCCUUCUUUCGACAGAGUGAAGCUUUCGUCUGUGUCACGUGAUAUUCUUGGCAGAUGCAGUUCUGAUGAUUUUACCAAACUUGGACGAAGAAGGUCAACGGAGUCUAAAUACUCUGACUCUCCCACCGUUCAGAUGUUGUAUGAUAGGAUCAACUUUAAACGUGGAAAGAACAAGAACUUCAAGCCAUAUCUGGCGUAUCUCCGUGCAGCAGGCUGGCCCAUUAUGCUCUUCUUUCUACUUACAUUUACCUUUGCAACUCUGGACAGUACCAAAUUUGUCAUCACCUCAAAGAUCUCAGAUUCUGUUAUUGAUUGUGCAAAUGAAGUUGAUGGAGAAGUAGUAUCACUGGAAGACGUUAAGGGGUACUGUUAUACAUCUUUGAGAUGGGUUGUUAUUCUCUCAGUGUCUGUCAUAAUUGGAGCCUUCUUCCGUAUAGUUGCGAUGACAAAGGCUUCGUUUAACGUCUCUAGGAGGAUUCACGAAUAUUAUGUCAACUCUAUCUUUACCAAUAACUCUACGGCAUUGGCAAUAAAGAAGUCGUUGAGUAGCAUUCAAACUUUCUUGUAUAUGGAUACUCUCCACGUUGACAACUACUUGAGCUAUUUCGUUCACGACACGCUUAUACUUUCCAUUGAAACUGCAGUUCAGAUGUUGACACUCUUCUUCAUGAUGCCGUUGAUUACUCCAAUUGCUAUAUUGCUUUGGUUUAUAAUCCUGAGGUUUGUAAUAUAUUACUAUGUCAGGUCCUGCACGAAUGUAGGAUUUUCACGUUUUGAGGCUUAUAACCAGAUUGAUUCCAUCAUUGGAUCUGCAAUUUCCGGCUUGCCCGUAUGCCGUAGUUUUAAGAAUGAAUGGAAAUUGAUUCACACGAUGGCUGAGCAUGUGGAUUAUAAUGUUAGAGGUACAUACAUGAACAAUUCCGCAAUGUUUUGGGCUUCUAUUACCUCCAGAUGUCUACUCUCACCAUUGGCUUUUUUCAUUCUCCUCUUCCCUAUUAUUAGUUCAAGGUAUUGUAAUACGGAUAUCAAGGUUGGUUAUUACGGCAUGGCCUACUCGUUGUUCCUGAACAUUAACAAUUAUCUCUCUAACCUUUUUCAGAUAUCGUAUUAUCUUCAAUUAAAUUUGCUUCCCAUGAGGAGGUUCGAGAAUUUUAUUCCAAAAAAUACUCCGGUCAAAUUUCAAAAGAAGAGGAACAUUCACCAGACCGAUGUUAUUGUUGACCAUUCUGCGUUAGCUGGAGAUGAUAAGUUAUCUGAUGAGGAUAUAAAAGAUACCCUCCGUAGAAGGCGACGUAAUGAAUAUGCUGAGAGAAGAGCUGCUCACUGUACUAGUCUCAAGAUGCUCUUCUUUAAGCACAAGGUCAAUGUGUUUGACGUUUCCAAGUAUGCCACUCCAGGUACGACUAGGAUGCAGCUGAAUGACGUCAGUGUCUAUGUGACGUCUGGCAAGUCUAAGGAGAAGCAUGUUAUUCUCAAGAAUGUCACUUGUUCGGCUAAUACCUCGGAUAUUAUUGGAGUUAUUGGCAGAACCGGCGCAGGAAAGUCUACCCUAUUGUCAGUGCUCCAGAACCUGGCAGAGAAUAGGGACGGAUCAGUUCUUCUGGACGGCUGUGACUUGAAUGACAUGCCAAAGAGUGUGACUAGGCAAGUGAUUGGUGUCCUACCUCAACUGCCAUUUGUAUUCAGAGGAUGGACUGUACGUAGAUUUAUUGACCCUAGAAUGUUAUUUGAAGACGCUGAUAUUGAAACAGCUUUGGAGAGUUGUGGCUUACUCAAGUUUGUAGCGCAUCUUCCAGGUGGCAAGGGUCUUGAUACUGUCAUUUUACCUGACCAUUACCACAAGGAUAUGCCGAGGUACUACAAAAGAGCCUAUUAUGGACCUACUUUAAAGCCACAUGAUUCUUCUGUAGACAAUGUAAAUAUAGACUAUGGAGCUGUACUCUCAAGCUCCCAACUCCGCACACUAUCAGUGGCAAGACUAGUAUUAUACAGAGAAUUUUACAAGAUACUCCUGGUUGAUGAGCCUCCAGAAGAUGAGGUUGGAACAUCCAAAACCGCUGACAUCCCAAUUUAUGAACUUGUCAAGACCUACUUCCAGCAUUGUACGACCUUCAUUGCGGCACAUGAUGUUGACGUUUUGCGUCUCUGCACUUCAGUUUGGGUCUUUCACAGCGGGUCUCUCAUCAAGACCUGCAAGACUGAAGAAGUUAUAGACAGCGGGUCACUCUCCAAGAUUAUAGAGAAUUGUAUUUUAGGACAAAAUUAA